GUUCCCACUACUUAGCACAGUUGUUUUUAUUUUCUAGCAGCAAGGAAUCAUGUCGCAAGCAUCUCAGAAUGACGAAGCGCAGGAGGGCCUCUCCAUGUCUGGCCCCCUCCUAGUCGGCAAAUUGGAAGAAGCCGGAAUUCACGCCAAUGACAUCAAGAAGCUCUGCGAUGCAGGACUCAACACCGUCGAGGCCGUCGCAUUUACGCCUAAAAAGAAUCUAAUAGCAAUCAAAGGCAUCUCAGACGCGAAGGCGGACAAGAUCCUGGCAGAGGCCCAGAAAAUCGUCCCCCUUGGCUUUCAGAGCGCCACUGAAGUUCACGCACGUCGCUCUGAACUCGUUCACAUUACCACGGGCUCAAAGCAGCUCGAUGCUUUACUCGGAGGGGGUAUCGAGACUGGUGCCAUCACUGAGCUCUUUGGAGAAUUCAGGACCGGAAAAUCACAACUGUGUCACACAUUGGCAGUAACGUGUCAACUACCCGUGAGCAUGGGCGGUGGCGAGGGCAAAUGCCUCUACAUUGACACCGAGGGUACUUUCCGCCCUGCUCGUCUCCUCGCAGAAGUUCUAGACAAUGUUGCAUAUGCGAGAGCAUACAAUGCCGACCAUCAGAACUCCCUUCUCACCAACGCCAGUGCGCUAAUGGCAGAAUCAAGAUUCUGUCUUCUCAUCGUCGAUUCAUGCACAGCGCUCUAUCGCACUGACUUCAGCGGACGGGGUGAGCUAUCCGCGCGUCAGAACCAUCUCGGUAAAUUCUUGAGAACCCUCCAACGACUUGCAGAUGAGUUCGGCAUCGCCGUCGUUGUCACAAACCAGGUCAUGUCCAAUCCGGAUGCAUCAGCAGGACCAUAUGCAGGAAAUGAGAAGAAACCUAUCGGAGGAAAUAUCAUGGCACAUGCUUCCACGACCCGACUGCAGCUCAAAAAAGCCCGCGGAAACACUCGAACUUGCAAAAUAUACGACUCGCCCUGCCUUCCUGAGAUGGAGACUCACUUCGCAAUCUUGUCCAGUGGAAUUGGUGACCCCGAAGAAGAAACUUGAGCAUCACUACCCCCAUGCAAUUUGUAUUCUUGUAGCAU